AAGCGAUCUGCCCCUCUCCGGCCGCCCGGGAGGGGCCCUGGGGCGUCCCCGCACGCUCAGCCAGCCAAGCCAGGCAGCCGGCCGGCGGGGCCCCCGCAAGAAAAGCAUGGAAGCAGCAGCCAAACCGCGGCUUUUCAAACGCGCCGCUUGCCCGGGCGGCGGCGGCGGUGGCGAUAGCCGGAUUUGCUCCCCGCCGCCGGGCUUGACGUCCGCCUGCUGCCCUGACAGCAGCCCCCCGGCCGGCGGCCCCGCUUGCAAGCCCCUCGCCGCCGCUCCGCCCGGCAACGCCGUUUACACGGUCCUGGUGGGCGAUCCGGCGUCGCUCCGCAGGAGGAGAGCCCGGCGCCGGAGCUGCGAGGACGGCACCGGCCGGAGACCCUCUGCCGUCCCCGCCACCGGCUGCGCCCGAAGCAAAGUCCAGCUUUGGCCCAAGGGUUCCAACCAUUGUAACGGGAAAGCGUUUCCGGCCGAGUUGGAGCCUGCGGACGGCCACCUGAGGCUCCCCUCGCAUCCUGUGGCGCUAAAACAGCCCGUGGAGGAAGUGACGGCUCUGCGACUCGUGCAUGAAACCCCCCUGCACCAUUCAGCCUACAUCCCGGUGCCCCGGCAGAG